UCCAUCACCCGUCCAAUAACUCUCUCCCCUCUCCCCUCUCACUCCCCUGUCCUAUCCUUGCCGCUUCGACAUCCCAAUCUCCGACUCUAUCGCCACAACAUCAGCAACAAUUCGAUAGCCGUACUCCAUUGGGCGCAUGACGGAAGGUCAUCUGAAUUAGGAAGGAGAUUUCCAAAAUGCUUGAAGCUAAUAAUAUCAGAGUAGGAUACUCUGAAAUUGUGACUGCUUUACUGCAACUUUUUCUGAGUUGUUCUAGGUAAUGGACCUUUUUAAGACAUAUAUAUGUCGGUUAGGAACCUAUUUUGCUGGAAUGUCUGCUAGAAACUUUCUCCCUC